UGUACAUAGACUAUUUAUAGUCGAUCAAUACAUCUCUGAUUUUUACGGUGAAUAUUACAUCUUCCAACUUGGUAUCAGCCAUUUUUUUUCCCCUUCUUCGAUCCUCUCCCAUGGCUUCCAAAAGCUCUUUUCAUCCCGCUCUUGCGAUUACCUCUAUCAAAAACUUAAUUCCCCUCAUCCUUGACACCGAAAAAGUCCAAUAUUCUUCUUGGGCAGAACUCUUUAAGAUUACAGCCCGUGCUUACGAUGUUUUGGAUCACAUCAUCCCUCCGAAGAAAAUACCCACCACCACUUCCGCCAGCAAGGAUGAUGACACCGACGAUGACUCCGACGGUGCCACCGACUCCAUUGACCCUCUUCUCUGGGAUCGCUUGGACGCCGUUGUCCUCCAAUGGAUAUACGGCACCAUCUCCCCCGAUCUCUUACUUAACAUUCUUGAACCGGACUCUACGGCCAUGGAAGCAUGGACCCGAUUGGCCAAUAUCUUUCAGGAUAAUAAGCACGCUCGCGCAGUGCAUCUUGAGGACGAAUUCUCUCACGUUCGUUUGGCCAAUUUUGCCUCUAUUUCAGCAUACUGCCAGCAGCUCCGCACCAUUGCCACCAAUCUUGCCAACGUCGGUGCUCCGGUUGAACAUAAUCGGCUGAUUUUGCGACUGGUCAACGGGCUCACCGCACCAUUUGCAACGGUUGCUUCCAUGAUCCAGCAAACGGUCCCUCUUCCAUCGUUCGAAAAUGCCCGAUCCAUGCUUCUCCUAGAAGAAGGCCGACAAGCACAUAGCAUUGAGCACGAGCCACCCUCAGCUUCGGCCCUUGCUGCCACCGUCCCACAAUCUGCUCCUACACCUUCUCCUGCUCCCCGUCCGCGCGGAGGAGGCCGAAGCAAUUCUGGACGCGGCAAAGGUCGCGGAAGGCAGUCUGGUUUCCGGCCGCAUGAUCAGUCCGCAUGGCCGCCACAUCCAGGAUCUCCAUGGGCCAUCCCUCCUUGGGCUGCUUGGAUGCAACAGUUCUGGCCCACACCCCCAUGUCCAUACCCUACUGCCACUGCCCACAAUACUCCGCCCCGGUCUUCUUCUGCCGGUCUAUUGGGUCCAAGGCCACAUGCACUUACUGCCGGGUAUGGCUACCCCUUUCCUGCAGGUCCCACACCACCUUUUAUGCCAACGGAUCUUCAGACCUCUAUGAAUACCAUGUCUCUCAACCCCCCAGAUGACAAUUGGUACAUGGACACCGGGGCAACUUCUCACAUGACCUCGGACGCAGGAUCUUCGUACAGGAACCCCACUCCUCAGGUGUAACAGUCAGGGCGAUUUGUACCCGGUGUGUCAGCCUCCCAGUCAUGCUUCUUCAUCCCAUCAUAAUUUCGCCGGCCUUUCCUCCACCAUAUGGCAUCACCGGCUUGGUCAUCCCGGAGCUCCUAUUUUUCGUAGUCUUAGCCAAAAUAAUUUCAUUGAUUGUAAUAAGGCAUAUGAUGCUAUUUGUCCCUCUUGUCAAAUGGGGAAACAUAAUAAAUUGUCAUUUUCCCAAUCUUAUUCCUAUACACAUGCUCCUUUUGAUAUUGUACACAGUGAUUUGUGGACUUCACCUAUUUUAAGUUCCACUGGUCACCGGUAUUAUAUUUUAUUUCUUGAUGACUUUACCAACUUUCUUUGGAUUUACC